GGAUCAGUGUGUUGGAAGUUGGGAACUUGGGCGAUGGAGAAGGAGAAUUCGAGAAUAUAGCGGUUGGUACUUCAAAAAGCAAACAAAUUUCAAAACCAAGUCUAGCACGAAGCCACUCAGUCAAAAUUACUCUGAAAAAUGAGACCCAACAUUGUUUCUGAGGCAGGGUUGCAGACAAGGUUGGGGCAAUGGUGGGAAAGCAUUCCAGUCCUUACUUCUGGUGUGGUGGUCGUUUGUGGGAUUAUUUACUUGGUGUGUCUCUUGGUUGGAUAUGACUCUUUCUUCGAAGUAUGCUUCUUGCCUUCUGCAGUUGCGUCACAUUUCCAAGUCUACAGGAUUUUUUCCUCCGUUCUGUUUCAUGGUUCAAUACUUCAUGUGCUCUUCAACAUGAUGGCAUUGGUUCCUUUGGGUUCUGAGCUUGAGAGAAUCAUGGGAUCUGUCCGCUUGUUGUACUUGAUUAUUUUGUUGGCCAUCAGCAAUGCUCUUUUUCAUCUUCUAAUUGCAUUUUUGGUCACAUAUAAUCCUUUCUACUCCGUUGAGUAUCUGAUGAAUGAGUGUGCAAUAGGCUUCUCAGGAAUAUUGUUCUCUAUGAUUGUUAUAGAAACAAGUCUCAGUGGAGUCCAAUCUAGAAGUGUGUUUGGACUAUUCAAUGUGCCUGCUAAGUGGUAUGCAUGGAUCUUGUUGAUUGUGUUUCAGCUUCUUAUGACAAACGUCUCAUUACUAGGACACCUAUGUGGCAUAUUAUCUGGCUUUGCAUAUACUUAUGGCCUGUUCAACUUCCUAAUGCCUGGAGCAGCAUUCUAUUCUGCUAUUGAGGCCUCACCUUGGCUUGCAUGUUGUGUUAGGCGCCCCAAAUUUAUUUUGUGCACUGGUGGGAACCCUACAAGCUACAUCCCAACACAUUCAACCCAAAAUACAACAUCCAGUGGAUUGUUUUCUGGAAAUGCGUGGAGGAACUUGUCUUCAUGGAUGCCACAGAGAGGAACAUCUACUGAGUCAACUGCAGACAGUAGGUUUCCUGGGACGGGAAGGACACUUGCAUCUACAAGAACUCCGACAGGCCCUGCUGAUAAUUCAGAUUCAAACCUUCAGGUUAGACUUUUGGAUGAUAGUAGCCCACCAUCAGACACAGCCGCAACUGGCACAGGACAGCCAUUAUCUGAUGGAAGGCGAGCAGUAGAACAUGCAGUAACAACUCCCGGGAUCCCAAUUCAUCGUCAGGGUUCAGUCGCUUCUGAAGAAGAAAUCCUGAAACUUGUAGCUAUGGGAUUUGAAAAGACACAGGUAGAAGUUGCCCUAGCAGCUGCAGAAGGAGACCUGAACGUGGCAGUGGAAAUUCUUAUGAGCCAACAGGGAUAAUCUGUUGAACUAACACAAAUUGAGUGGUAAAGGAAAGUGUAACACCUCUAGUGACCAGUUCAGUUAGCUAGUUUCUCCUCUCAAUCUCAUGUACGUUUGAAGUUUUUACAUGUGCGUGUACUUUGUAUGUAGUAGUUUUUACUGAUUAUAAAUUCUGGCAUUAUUUGUAACAGAGGAGAAAACAUUCUGAUACAUAGUAAAAACAAAGCUGUACACUAACAAGGUACUUCACAAGAAUUAUCACAAAUGGUCUUGUAAAGAUGUUUCGAGACUUAUACAUGAACCGGAAAAUUCAAUUGAAAAUAUGGUUUUGUA